AUGUACCUGCACGAGCUGGGCGACGAAGCUGUCAGCUUUACCAAGGAGGAGAUGGCCGUUGGUAAGAGCAGUUUCCACAACAAGAUCCAUCCAUCGCAGCUCGAAGGGAAGGUCGGGUUGCCGCCACCGCCAGGUCUGGACGCGGCCGACGACGAGGGAUCGUCCCCGGCCAACGGGCACCCGCCAUCCAGCAACAAGCCGCCACCAUCUGCCGCGCGCGAGAUCGGAAGCGCCGAUUCCGAUGCUGCCCACAAGGACAGCAAUGGCAGCGAUGCCCAAGCCAAAGGAGGGAGCAAGCAGGUGAAGCCGGCGUGGAGCAAGAUCCCGACUGCGCCCACGGCGCCUGCCGUGCGGAUCAACUGCAACGAGUGGCCCACCCCCAACGCCACCCCGACGCCACCGCCGCCCCCGGUCAAAGCCAAGCCGUCGGUCAACCCGCUCUCCCGAUCCGAGGACAAGGCGGCCACCGUCUCCCAGGCGUCGAAAGCCAACACGGCGACCGCUGUGGGUGCGGCGGGCGGUGCCAGCAAGCUGAAGCAAUCCGCGCCAGUUCUGUCGACACGAGAGCCAAGCGAUGUCGACAGUACGCCGCCGGCGGUGUCCACGGCCGACGCCGACACGGACAAGGACGCCGAGAGGGAGAAGGAGGAGAAGCGGAGCAACAAGGCCAAGCAAAAGGAGGAGAAGAGGGACAAGGAGAAGGAGACCAAGUCGACGACGACGCCAGAGAAGAAGGACACCAAGGCCAACAAGGAGAAGAAGGCCGAAGUGGCGGACGUCGGCGGCGACACAGCAAAGGAAAAGGAGCAGGAGAAGGAGAAGGAAGUCACACCCAGCACGGCCAAGACGAAGGAAGCCAAGAAGAAGGGAGCUGCCAAGACGGAAGUCGCUGGCGCGGAUGCCCCGGAGGCCCAACCCGCCAAGGCCGCCAAGGAAGCCGAGCGACAGCGACAAAAGGAAAUGGAAAGGGAAAAGGAACAGCAGCAACGAGAAAAGGAACAGCUGCAGCUGCAGCAACAGCGCGAGCGAGAGCAGAAGGAGCGGGAACUCCGAGAACAGCGGGAGAAGGAGGAGAAGGAAAAGGAGAGAAAGGAAAAGGAAAAGGAGAGCAGGCAGGGCAAGGGCAAGGGCAACAAGGCCAAGUCGGACGCAGCUGCGGACGGCGGCGAGCAGGAGGGAGGCACCUCGCUCACGACCUCCUCGUCGGCAGUCGCCCCGACCGCCGCCGCGGUGUCGUCAGCGGCGCAGGCCAAGAAGGCGCGCACCACGGCGCCACGCAAGAACAAGAAGGACAACAAGUUCGUCAUCAUCGAGCCCACCUACGUCACGCCCACGCCCUCGGCCGAUAAGGACGGCGCCGAUUCGGGCGACAGCAACAAGCGGAAGGACAAGAAGGGCGGCAACAACGCCAACAACAAGCGCGCCAAUGCCGCCGCUGCCGCUGCCGCCUCUGGUGGCUCGCAAGCCGCGACGCAACAGACAAGCCCUGGCGGUUCGCCCGGCAUGCCGCCAGGCCUGUCAGCGUCAUCGACGGGCCUGCCCACCAAGUCGCCCACCACCGCGCUGCUCCAUCCGCUCUCGCUGUCGACGUCCGCGGUGCCGUCGACACGCCUGCCGCCAGGCUUCGCUCCGCCGCCCGGCUUUGCCGGUGCCGGUGCCGGUGCCACGCCAGCAACGACUGGCUCCGGCUCGGGUCUGGUCCGUCCGUCGUCGCCACCGUCGGUGUGGGACGAGCUCGUGGAGGACGACGACGAAGAGCUCCUCCGCAGCGUGCUCCCCGCCGCGGCUCGGCUCCACCAGUCCGCCAGCGCGCUGCUGACGUCAUCACACAACACAAAGGCCGCCUCCGAGACGGAGCCCGGCGGCGCCCCGGCGCUCUCCGUCAAUCGGAUCAGUCCUCGGGUGUCGACCGAUAACUGGGAGAGCGUGGUGUCGACGCCGGCCAGCGUGCGCUCGAGCGCAAGCGACAACGAGAGCGAUGCCGAGGACCACGACGACGAUGUCGAGGACUCGUUCGACCCGUGGGCCGAGCUCGGGCUCGAGGACCUCAUCACGCAGAGCAACAUCGAAUUCGAGGACGACGACGAGGAGGACGACGACGAGGAGGACGCCGAGGAGGAAGACGAAGGGGAGAACGAGGAGAACCGCGACGACGAGGGGACCACCAGCCCCGCGCCCGUGCCCAGCAGCCAAUCGGCCUGGGGCGUCGGCUCCGCAGUCGUCAAAACCGACAGCGCCCAAUCGCCUCGUGUAGUGAGGAGCGGCAGCGGCGUGGUGACGCCGCCGGGCUUCUGGGGCAUGCCUUCGGCCGAGGAUCGCGCGCCGGCCGCUGCCGCCGCCGCCGGCAAAUCCUCGGUGGCGCCGGUGUCUACCGAGCGUUCGCGCUCGCGCUUCGGCUUCGCCAUGGAGGAGAGCGAGGAGGGCGACGACCACCCGCCCCACCACCAGCACCGCAGACGCGGUGACGGCGACGAGGGCGAGGGUCAGCGCAUCGACAACAUGUCCGCCCAAGCUCUGCUUGGCGGUCCUGCGUCCGGUGGCAGCAGCAGCAGCAGCACGCCGAGCGCGGGCCUGUUGGCGACGCCCCCUCUGGGCAACAUCACCGUGGCGGAGUACAUGCGACGCCAACAGAUGGCCUCCCUCGCCGGGAUGCCCCUCCCGCCCGGCGCCUACGCCGCCGGCGGAAUGCCGCCCGGCCCGCCCCCGCCGCUGGGCUACGGCACCCCUGUCCCCGGCGCCGGCGUACCGCCUCCGCAGAUGGUGCACCACGCCGGCCAGCAGCCCGCCCAGGCACCGUCGACGUCACAGCAGCAGCAGCUGCCACAGGCCCAACCUCAGCCGCAGCAGUCGCAUCGGAAGGAGCCGCCGGUGGCCGACUCGGUGCGGGAAGCCUUCCGCGCGCUGUUCCCGGCCACGGUCAACAUCAGCUUCGCGCCGGUCGGCCCGUCGCCGCCGUCGUCGGGCGGGGCCGGCCCGCAGCCGCCCGUGCCCGUGCCCGUGCCCGGCCUCCCUGCGCACGUCCCCUUCCGCGACCAAGGGAACUGGGGCGCGCCGAUGGGUGUGUACGGUGCGCCGCAUCACAAGCAGUCGAUGUCGCCCAUCUUCAACCCGUCGUCUCCGUGGGGUCCGCCCACGAUGGUGCCCCAGCCGCAGCCCCAGCAGCAGAAGGCGCCCCAGGGCUUCCCGCCCAACGGCAAGAGCGCCGGAGGGGUGUGGGGUCCGCCCGGCAUGCAGCAGCAGCAGCAGCAGCAGCAGCAGCAGGACUCCUUCCUCCUCCAGCAGCAGCAGCAGCAGCAGAUGGCCAUGGCGUUGGCCAAGCAGCAGGAGGCCCAGAUGCAGCAGCAGCAGCAGCAGCGUAAGGGCCAGCAGCAGCAGAAUCUUCCGCUGAAGGAUCCCUCGGGCAAGCAGCAGCAGCCGGUGCCCAUGUCCUACGCCCAGCAGGCCAAGAAGUCGUCGACCUCGUCCACUUCGUCGUCGUCUUCAAACUCCUCCCCACCCAUCGGCCAGCAGCCCCACCCGCAGCAUCUCCACCACCACCAGCAGCAGCUCCACCAUCAGCAGCAACAGCAGCAGCACCACCUUCAGCAGCAGCUCCAGCAGCAGCGAAUCAACACACCGGCGCCCGGCUAUCCCGCGGGCGCCGGCAGUGGCCCGCAGAGCACCAAGGCCGCCGGUGCCGCCGCGCGAAAGCCCAGCGGACAGCCCAACGGCACCCAACCGACGGCGCCUCUCUCGGGCGGCGGCGGUCCGUUCCACGACCCGGCGAUCAUGGGCCAGGGCAUCGCGUUCGACAUGCGAUCCAUGAGCGAGAGCGCCUGGGCCGGGGCCUACGCGCGCGCGUUCCCGAUGGCGCCCCCGGGCAUGGCCCCCGGCGGCGGUCCGCCCAUGGUGGGCCAGAUGCCGCCCGGCCUUGCCGGCGGCGCCGGUGCCGGUAUGGGACCCAACCCGCGGGCCGGCGUCACGCCACCGGGUGCGGGCAUGCCCCUCAUGGCCCCACCGGGCUUCAAUUUUGCCGCCUCGGCCGCCUCCCAGCACCAGGCCCUCCUGCAGCAUCAGUACCACCAGCAACAGGCGGCACUGUACCAGAACGGAGGGAUGGAUGUGGUGCACGGCAAGCGGGUGACACCAGAACAUCAGCAGCACCUUCAGCAACAGCAGCAGCACCUUCACCUUCAGCAGCAGCUGCACCAGCAGCAACAGCAGCAGGCCGAACAGGCCCGACGAAACAAUGCCCAGGCCGGCCGACACCCUCGUGCCACCAAGCAAAACUGA